UGUGAAUGCAAGGACGAGUUGUAAAGUGAUAUUCGUUGGUUCGGUGAUAUUAAGUUAAUACUGUGAUAAUAACUUUGUAAAUAUUACGUGGCUGCAGUGUAUGUGUGUACGUGCAAUCUGUUAUGAGUUUUCGAUGGUUAUAAAUCUAUAUGUGCAAUAUUGCGUUAGAAGUCAUUUAAAAUGUUCUGUGUUGAGUUGUGAUUAUUAUUUAUGCAGUGACAGCCCUAUCUGGGCUGAUAUGAUGCGUGUUGUUGGAUGAUACCGGUCAUUUCAUUGUGGAGGUGAUGGAGAAGGCGAAGGCGUACAUAAAGAGCUCGCUGGGCGGCAAGGCGUCGCCAGCGCGCGAGACCGACGCCGCCACGGACGGUGAGCCGCGCGUCUGCUUCGUGUGCGGCGGUGCUGGCCUCGGUGACUGCUAUGCUGUACGCGUGAAGCCCGACCCACAGAGCUCGGAACCGUACUUCCCGUUCCUGGGCGCGCAUCCGCCGCCCGCCGGGUACCAGGCGGAGGGCGAAGAAGAGGGCACGGUGCGCUGCUGUUGCGUCUGUUACACCUUCCUUCGCCAGCAAUGGGAACAGUACGACCGUGAGAACAAGCCUCACUCGCAGCGAUUCUACUGGAUGAAGCGGUUAGACGGGAAACCUUUUAUUGGCGCGGAUAUGUCGUUUCAAGGCGAGUAUGCGGCGCAAGUACUGGGUCUCGGCGCGGAGACGGGGGCGAACCGGGAAGAGUCGGGAAAUCCGGCCACACCGGGCGCCACGGCAGCACCCCGCGCCGCCGAGCCCCCGCCCCCUACGACUGUACCUACACCAACACCCACCACCACACCCAGGCCUAAGGAUGUAGACACCAAUCAUAAUGCCAAGUUUAAUAAUUCAUCCGUUCAGCAGCGAUAUCCCAGCGGUGGUAACGGCGGUGCGGGUGCAACGGAGGAGGAGGGUGUGCUGGACCUUCGGGCGAGGGAUCCCUCCGUAAUCUCGGUCGGAUCCCAGCACUCGGGUGCUUCAGAAUCCGCUGGUUAUCUAGAUGCUGUUAGGUCAACGGUAUCGGUAUACUCGGGCAACUCCAACUCGAGUUCAGAUCGAGAUAUUUUAGAUCUGUCGAUGCCGGAUAAGAACUCGAUGACCGAGGUCUGUUACGUCUGUGGAGAUGAAUACAAGCGCGGUACACUUUGUAAUCUUAACACCAAGGAACCUAAGGAUAAAAUGAACAAGCAGCCGUACUUCCCGAUCUUUGGAGAGCAGCAUCCUCGGCCGCCGCGCUCUCGUCCUAAAGAUGCUCAGGGUACUGUGAGAGCCUGCGCCGCCUGCCACCAUCACCUGCUGCAGCAGUGGAACACAUACCAGCAGAAGGAUGCCGCCUCAACGAAGUCACAGCCUCCCGUCAAGCGCACUGAUACAAACGGCAAUGGAAAGACACGCGGCGUGUCGGCGCACGAGCGCGUGUACACGCUGCGCACGCGACCACCGUCGCUGUUGCCGCCGUCGCCGCUCAGCCUGGCGUCUUCAGGCGACAAGUCGCUAGCGGCGGCGGCGCGCUCGCCAUCUCUGGAGCGACCCCCCAGCCAGGCCACGGCCAGCUUCGUCUGCUACGUGUGCGGUGUGCCCGCGCCCUCCAGCCAACUGCGUCUCGUCUACUGCUGCCCUAACCCCGAACGAGAACCUUACUAUCCCUUCAUCACUGGUCUCAAGCCACAUCCUGACGCCAGUCCCAUCAGUCCACAAGGCAUGGUUCAGAUAUGCGCGUCCUGUUACAAAAGCAUCCCGCACAAGUAUCCAGCGUACGGCGAAAACGGCGAACCGAACGCGGCACACAACAACACACAUGCUAACAAUAUUAGGUUUAAGCCAUACGAUAUGAAGAGCUCUAGUUCCAGUCAAUCGAAUAAGCGGCCAUCUAACGCGCUCUCGAGUAGUCCACAGAGUCAAAUAGUCUCCGGGGAGAAUGGAAUGGGACUGUACAGAUGUUACGUGUGCGCGGGUCUGUUCCCGCAGCAGUCCAUGGAGUGGUUGUCGACAACUGCUGAGUACAUGAACUCUCACGCGAUGCACUUCCCCUGCCUGGUGUCUGCGGGCGCGGGCGCGGGCGCGGGGGCGGGGGCGGGCAGUGCGCGCGGCGGCCGCGUGCUCGCCUGCUCGCGCUGUGUCAGACAUCUCGCACGACAGUGGGAGCUCAUGGAUGCUGAGAGAGUGCCUCUUGAACAUAGAAGAUAUAAUAUUCCAUCGCCGUUACCGUCGAAUUCUUCCAUGAACGGUGACAGAGUGAUACCAACACCACCUUCCACAACAUCUGAUAGAACUGUGGCCAGUAAUAGUGUGUGUACGUCAAUAUACUGCUUCCUGUGCGGGCUACAUUCAGACUUCACGUUGGCUCGCAUCCUGUACGGUCAGCCGCAAGGCAAUGCGCCAUACUUCCCAUGUCUACUCACUCAUCAGAGUCACCCCAACGCCGAGCAGCUCAGAGAGAAAGGCUCGGCUCUAGUCUGCACCUUUUGUUACCAUUCACUACUCAGCCAAUGGAGGAGGUACGAAGCACUGGGCGGGUAUCCUCCAGAGCGUCGUGUGUAUAACACACAUGACUACCACUGUCAUUUGUGUGGCAUCAAGACUUAUAGAAAACGGGUCCGGGCAUUACCUAUUAAAGAAUUUCCAUUUUUAGUUCAAAGGCGGACGGAAAAUUCGUUAUUAUUAGAAAAUGGAGACUACGCAGUAGUUUGUUUAGAUUGUUAUGAAAGUUUAAGGACGCAGGCGCAGGACUACGAGCGGCGCGGUGUUCCAGUAGACAAGCGCGAGUACAACUGGCUGCAGCAACCACCGCCGCCUGAGGACAGCGCUGACGUCACCAUCGCACGUCUGCCCUCCGGCGAUAGAUCCGACAAGCUGAUCCCGCAGUCGUUGGUGGUAUCGCGCAGCGCUUCGAAGCGCAACAGCCCGAAGCACUCAACUGCGCUUCCCGACCGCCGCCUCGCGCCCACUAAACUAGAGAAGCCCGACCAAGGUGUGAGUGCGAACAAGAUCGCCAAGCGAACAGAACUCGCGCCGAACAAGGGGGGCCCGUUCGCGGCGGCGCUCCGAACGCUUGCCAAGAAUGCGGGCCCCGACACCAAGGACGAGAGGUGUGUAGGUGGCGGUGGUGGUACUGGCGGCGCGGGCGCAGGCGAGGGCAAGGAGAAGGCGCCGCCGGUCUCCAAGCGCGCCUCGCCGCACCACCUGCCUGCCAGCGGCUUCCAGCCCUACAGGCCUGAUGACAGAUUGUCGCACCCGGCGGCGGCGGCGGCGGCUGCGGCUUCAUUCCCGCUGCUGGAGCCAGCCGCGUACUCCCCGUACGCACACCCCGGACUGUACUCCAGCGCCGCGCUGCAGUACAGGCUAGCGGCGGAAGAACAAAUGUACCUGGAGCGCGUGUUUCGCAGCGGCGUGGGCGUGGGCGUGGGCUGGCUGCCGCCGUACGCGCUGUACCCGCCCCUCGCCCCGCCCCUGCCUCUAGUGCCCCACGCGCCCCACCCCGCGCACGCCGCACACGCCGCGCACGCCCACGCCGCCAGCCACGCCGCGCACGCACAGCACGCGCAGCACGCCAGCCACGCGGCGCACGCAGCGCACCUGCAGGAGGACAGGGAGAAGGAGAUCGCGAUGCAGCGAGAACGGGACCGGGAGAGAGAAAGAGAAAGGGAAAGAGAACAGAGAGAGAAGGAGCAACGUGAGAGAGUUGCUCGCGACAAGGAGACGCGGCGCGAGGAGCAGCGCUCUGCUGCGGCGUAUGGCGGACGUGCGCCGCUACUCUACAGACCCUUCAGACCUUACGAGACAGACCUCGCGCACGAACACACAGACCCCGAGCGCGGUGAGAGCAACGCGGACGCGCCCGCGUGACCGCCCCCCACCCCACCACACGCCCCACACGCCCCACACGCCCCACCACACGCCCACGCGCUACCCACGUGACACACGCAACACACACACUAUGCAAUAUGUACUUACUUACGCUUAUACACUAAGAGUUCUUUCACACAGA